CAACUCGGCCGUUCUGUUCUGCUGCACUCUGCUGUUAAUCUCCCACUUACUAACAAUGGAAGGAGGAGCAGCUGACAGCUUCAUCCUGGUCAAAGAGGAGGAGGACGAAGAAACAGAGGCAAUGGUCCCUCAACCAUUACCAGGCCUUAACGAAGCAGCGCCGCCACCAUUCUUGAAGAAGACCUUCGACAUGGUUGAAGACCCAAGCACUGAUUCCGUGAUUUCAUGGAGCAGUGCUCGUAACAGCUUCGUUGUAUGGGAUUCCCACAUGUUCGCCACCAAGGUUCUCCCUCGCUACUUCAAACACGGAAAUUUCUCCAGCUUCAUCCGUCAGCUCAACACUUAUGGGUUCAGAAAAGUGGAUCCCGAUCGAUGGGAAUUCGCAAAUGAGGAAUUUUUAGGCGGGCAGAAGCAUCUUCUGAAGAAUAUUAAAAGGCGAAGAAAUAUUGGUCAGAGUUCUGGAGAACUGGGUCAGCUUGGACUAGAGGCUGAGGUUGAGAGACUGGGUGCAGAGAGACAGGUUCUGAUGCUUGAGAUUGUAAGAUUAAGGAAGCAACAGCAGAGCUCCAGCGCGCAGCUGGUUGCAAUGGAGGAGAGAAUGCUGGGAGCUGAGACAAAGCAGAAGCAGACAAUGGCUUUCCUUGCGAAAGCACUGCGGAAUCCUGACUUCAUUCAUAAGCUUUUGAUGAGAAGCGAGCGGGGGAUGGAAUUGGGAAGCCCUGGGAAGAAGAGGAGGUUGCCGACACCAUUGCCGGGGAGCUUGCAGGUGAGCGAAGAGCCUGAUCAGUUAUUUGUUGGAUUGGAGAGGGAGUUGAGAAAUGAGGCUGAGAUUGAGGAAGUGGAGCAGAUUUCGGUGGAGAUGUUGGAUUCGAUGUGGGAGGAGCUGUUUAGUGAAAAAUUGGAGGGAGCGCCGGCGCUGGAGAUUGAUUCGGAGGUGGAGGAGUUGGCUGUGGAGAACUGCGAAUUCGCGGAGGAUGUGAAGGAUUUGGUGGAGCAGAUGUGGUUUCUUGGAUCCAAUAAGUAAAAGCCAUGGGGGAAGAAGGGAGGUGGAAAAAACAGGUGCGGAUGGACGUGAAUUUGAUGGUAUUUGAUGAUAUUUUGGUGCAUUAUUAUUAUAAUACUAUUAAACAUCAU